UGUGGAUGCUUGUCCAUUCAUUCUCGAUGGGACGAAAGAACUCCUGUACCAUGUUGUCAGUAACUUCUUCGAUGCUAGCAGGAUUCCAUGCCGGAGCAUUGUCCUUGUCGACGAGAACAGAGCGAAUUCCUUCAUGAAAGUCGCAACCAGGUCGUAUGCAUGCUUUUGCCAUUCGAAAUUCCAUUUGYAGACAUUCCUCGAUGCUGAUGCACCUAGCCCCCCGUUUCAAUCCUUCCAUAGUGACCUUCAUACUUGUCGGCGACAGCUUUUCAAGUAURCUGAGGGCAGACCUCGCAAAUUCUGAGUUUGAUCGCUUCAAAUUUCUGAAUAUUUCCUCUAAAGUUUCUCCGUUAAAUGUAGUUUCAAUUGUUUUUCUGUUGGUUGCAAUGUUGCAGUGAUCGAUCUGUAUCAACUGAUGAAAGGAUUCGAGAAUGCCCGCGACUACAUCUUCAUCAUUAUUUCUUUUGGUAGCCUCGGCCAAUUCGUGCUCAAACUCUUCCAAUCUGUUCGAAGGGAUAUAAUGAGUGGCCAAACCGGUAUAUAUGAGAUCAGCAGGUGUCAUUUGCUGACCCGUUAGUGCCAGRUAAUUAGCUAUGGCACGCUGCUUCAAAAGUCUCGUCAUCCACCACGUGCUUCCGACGUCUGGAAAGAAACCUAUGCGGCAUUCGGGCAUUGAAAAAAUGGUCUUCUCCGUUGCGACUCGAUACUUUCCGUGGAUUGAAAUACCAACACCACCCCCCAUUACAAGUCCAUCCCACAAAGAAAUGAUCGGUGUAGUGGCAAUACAACUCGCGAUUUCGUUGUUGACCUUGUAUUCGUAACGGAAGAAGUCCUCUGGCAAUGAACUYCUUGUUCCUUUACCGCCACGUUUCUGGUAAUCAAGACACUCGAUGUAGACUGCCUUCACGUCCCCCCCAGCACAAAAAGCCGCCCGCUUGAUUCCCUUCGAUGAAGACUUCACAAGAAUCGCAAUAAGACUCGGGUCAUUUUUCCAUUCUCUCAGCACGUCGUCUAUGCGGUCGACCAUAUCACGAGUCAGAGCAUGCAACGCCUUGGGGUUAUUCAACAGAAUGAUACCCAAAUUGUUCUUUCGGGAUGGCGUUAGUUUCGUAGUAAAUCUUGUUUUCAAAUUAUUCUCUUGGAUUAUUAUUGGAGACAUCUUUUUAGAACGGGGCUGAUUGUGAACGAAAMKUGCCUUCUACCUCCUGAAACAUCUGCAAACUUCUGAGAUUCGACGGUGAGAUAAYGCAUUGAGUAGAUCCAUUUUGCAUUUGCUGUUGAUAACUCAAGUUAGAUUCCUGGAUACGAGCAUCGGUCAUAAAUUUUAAGACCCCUGGAUACGAGUACUAACGUACCGUACGUACAAACCURCUAUUACUACUGGUAGUAUCCUUACUGCUCGAUCGAAGGAAGAACUGUGUUUCAAGUUUCAAUACCCAACCUACGUUAGGUAGAACGUACGUACUGCCUGUCCGGCGCGGCAUCGCAUGUCAAAUACUUCUACGAAGUACUGAAGUGAAAAGUAAGGUGCAUGAUAGAUACAAGCAGAUGGUUCUGUGCGUGAGCUGCAGUCUCCUCAACACUCGUGAUUCAUUGAGUCGUUAGUCCCCGACCUCCAUUCAUUCACGAAAACAAAGAAAUGAAAUGGCUUUUCGAUUAAAAAAAUUAUGAUUCUUUUCAUUAGUGUUUCUUUCUGGAGCGUAAAAGGUACCACAACAGUUGCGAGAGGGAAGGGAGAUACAAUAACCUGUGUACGAUAAUUAGAAGGACCACAACAAAAUAUUUAUGUUGUUGACGAAGAUACUACAUAGCUCUCCCUGAUCCAAUUUUGUAAUUUCAAUAUCCUGUCAAAGGCAUUCAGUAAAUAAAAAAGAAGAUGUCAUCGUUAUUGGGAUCAAUUUUCGGAGUUGAUUCGGAGAAAGAUACUCCGAACCAAAACUUGUUUGAAAAGACGGAAGCACUUCCCGAGCGACCUCAACACAAACCUGUGGCGGCGCCUAAGCGUAAGAAAAGCAAACGAGGCGAAGAGAAUACCGAAAACGAAAUAAAGAACGAACUCACUAAUGGUCAAGAAGAGUCGUCGAAGGAGAAGAAGCGGAAGAAAAAGAAGCGCAAAUCACACAGCAACGACAGUGAAAGCGCAGAAAAUCAGAACGAGGCCGACAYUGGAGAAAACCAAGCCGAAACUACAACCGAUGGUGCCGAAUCCAAGAAUAAGCCAGGAAAGGAAGAGGAAGAACGUACAAUUUUUGUGGGAAAUCUGCCACUCACCACGACACGCAAGGGACUCGCUGCUUUGUUCAGAGAAUGUGGACCAGUCGCUAGUAGUAGAAUACGUUCGGUUCCUGUUACAGGUAUCAAGCUCCCCAAGGAUCAAGCUGGUAAUCAGAACAUGAUGAGGAAAGUUUGCGUGAAUACCAAUCAGAUCGACAAGUCUCUCACAGACUCUGUCCAAGGAUACGUUGUGUUCAAGGAAUUGGCCGAUGUCGAAAAGGCGCUGGAAAUGAACAAUAAGAUUGAGCUCGGCGGUAUGAAAAUUCGAGUUGACCGAGCCACUCCUACUGUGGAUCCAUCUCGAAGUGUGUUCGUAGGAAACUUACCUUAUGCUGCCAAAGAAUCAACACUAAAGGAACAUUUUGAARAAGGUUGUCUACUGGAACCCGAGGACGUCUUGGGAGUUCGUAUUGUUCGCGACAAGGAAACCUUUCAGUGCAAGGGUUUCGGGUAUGUCCUAUUUCGGGAAAAAAAUUCGGUCCCAACAGCCUUAAAACUACACGGAUCCACUUACAUGAAAAAGAAAAUACGCGUCAUGGUUUGUGGUAAAAGAUUUAAGGGAAAGAAGGGCGAAGCAUCUCAGCAAAAACAAAAAUCAAAAGAAAUAGAAAAGGUUACGGUGGGUGCAUUCCGAAGAAUAAUUGCCAAACAACAGAAAGAGGCUCUUGGAACGAAUAAACGAAAGCGAGGAGAAAAGAAAAAGAAUGCCACACCAAUUAAAGCAGGAGCUGGGAAUAUUAGCAAGCGUGCUGCUCUGGACAARAAGGUUGACAAGAAGGUUAGAAAAUUGCAAAAGCGAGUUGCGAAGGGAAUGGGAAAGAACAAACGCUAAGUAGUUUAAAAGCUCUCAUUACAAGAAUUGCAAAUUGUCACCGACGUAUUUUGUCUCUAUGGAUCUUAUAGUUGAGUAGAAUUAUAAUUUACUUUGUAUUUCACUUGCACCAAAUUUUGCCACUAGUUUGUGCUUGAGCACCUUCCCUGAAGAGUUCCUUGGCAAAGAAUCAACCGAAAAUAUGAAUUUUGGUCGUUUGUAUCCUGCCAAUCCCUUCUGUUGGCACCAUGUUUUAAUUGUUUGUAAAGGAAGACCGUCAUCCUUUGCGACAACAGCACAGGCAACGGCUUCUCCGUAUCGAUCGUCUUUUCGUGGAAAGACAGCACACUCGAUCACUUUGGAAUGCUCGAGAAGGACUUUCUCAACUUCCUGAGCCAAAACAGUCUCACCCCCCGUUCGAAUAACAUCUUUCGCUCUAC